AUGCUUAAAGUUAUUGUUCAUAAUGCUGAGCAUGUUCCUAAUUCGGAACGUUUUACUAAUAUUGAUCCAAUGGUUGUCGUUAUUUUUCAAGGUAUUACAAAACAAACGACUUGGCAACGAUCAACAUGUGAUCCAAAAUGGGAUGAAACACUUGAAUUUCCUCUAAAUGAUGUUCCAAUUAAAAGUCCAGAUACAUUACAAAUUCAACUUCAAGAUUAUCAAAGAAUUGGAAGUAACAAAUUAAUUGGUCAAAGCACAAUAUCAUUAAAUGAUAUUAUUCAUGUUGGUAUUAUCAAACGACGUCUUGUUCAAUUAACAAAUCCUCAAGGUAUUCUUCUUGAAGGAACUAAAUUAUAUCUUUCACUUGAAUAUACUGCACCAAAAAUUGAUAGUCAAGAAAAAUCAAUUAUGAAAACAAAUUUAAGUCGAAUUGAUAAUAUAAAUGAUGAAAAAUCACAAGAAAUCGAAAUGCCUAAAACUCAAAUAUUUAAAUUUCAACAUAAAUUACAAGAUUUUCAAAUAAGAAUAAAAAUAUUUCAAGCUCGUCAAUUAAGUGGAAGUAAUAUUGAUCCUGUAUGUCGUGUUCGUGUAAUAAAUUUAAUAAAACAAACAAAAAUUCAAAAAGGAACAAAUCAUCCAUAUUUUAAUGAAGUUUUCUUUUUUAAUAUAAAUCGAAGUGAAGCUGAUUUAUUUGAUGAAUUUAUUGAAUUUGAAGUUUGUAAUUCACGAACAUUUCGAUCGGAUAUUAUAAUUGGAACAUUUAAAAUGGAUAUUGCAUAUAUUUAUUCUCAAAUAAAACAUUCAAUUAAUCGAAAAUGGUUAUUAUUAAGUAAUGAUAAUAAUCGUAUGACUGGAGCAAAAGGUUAUCUUAAAGUAUCUGUUAAUAUAUUAGGACCAGGAGAUGAAGCACCAACACAAGAAAAAACAGAUGAUGAUACGGAUGAUAUUGAAAGUAAUUUAUUAAAACCAGCUGGUCUUAUGCUUCGUCCAGCAACAUUUAUUUUAAAAGUUUAUAAAGCAGAAGAUUUACCACGAAUGGAUAAUGCUUUUCUACAUGGAGUUAAAAAAAUCUUUCAUUCAUCAGAAAAUAUUAGAGAAUUAAUUGAUCCUUAUGUCAAAUUUUCAUUUGCUGGACAACAUGUUUCUUCCAAAAUUAUUUAUACAUGUUCACAUCCGGAAUUUAAUCAAGAACUUCGACUUGGUCUUAAAUUUCCAUCAAUGUGUGAUAAAAUUACACUUACUGUUAUGGAUUGGGAUCGUUUACAAUUUGAUGAUAUAACUGGAACAGCUUUAUUGAAUAUUAAUUCUAUAUGUAAUGAUCGAGAAAAUGGUUUUCUUCCAAUAUUUGGUCCAUGUUGGAUAAAUUUAUAUGGUGCUGUACGUGAAUAUUCUGAAUUUCCUACUACAUUAGAUGAAUUAAAUAGUGGCAAAGGUGAAGGUGUUGCUUAUCGUGGUCGAAUAUUUGUUGAAUUACAAACGAUUCUUGGUGAAAUACCAAGAGAAUCAACUGGUGAAAUAUCAAAUUCCGAUAUAAUUCGUACAUUACCAUAUCAAUCACGAAAAAAAUAUAAAUUACAUGCAGCAUUUCUUGAUGCAUCAAUGUUAUAUGAACAUGAAUCAACUAUUGAAUUUGAAAUAAGUAUUGGAAAUUAUGGAAAUAAAUUUGAUGAUCUUAUGGAAAAUGCAAAUUGUUCAACAACACCACCGACAAAUCCUGUUUUUGAUGGAACAUCUUAUUAUUUUCUUCCAUGGGGACAUACAAAACCAUGUGUACAAGUUUCAAGUGAAUGGGAAGAUAUUACUUUUCGAUUAGAAUCGAUAAAUCAAUUAUCGAAAAUAAAAUUAUUUAUUACCGGUCUUCUAUCAACAUUAGAUUUAUUAAAAAUAAAAAAAUUAUCUGAUGAAAUUCUUCUUCGACAUUAUAAACAAUCUCUUGAUAUGGUUAUUGCUCAUUUAAAAAAACCUUUACCUGAUUUUGAUAUUGGUCGUUAUCAUGUUAAUGAACUUGAUCGAUUAAGACGUCAAAUGCGUGAAAAAGAUCUUCUAGAUAUGAUUUAUAAAUUAGAACAAUUAAAAAUUCAUGCUAAAACAUCAAAAGAUAUUAUACAUACAUUAGAAGAUAUUCGAGAAAAUCUUGAAUAUCUUCAAUUAGAACCACAAAAUAGUAUUCCGGAUGUAAUUAUUUGGUUAAUAUCUAAUGGUAAACGUUAUGCUUAUUAUCGUUUACCAGCUAAUGAAGUAUUUUAUUCAAAUAACAUCGAUCGUUGUGGUUAUCUUUGUGGUAAAGUUCAAACAAUAACAUUAAAAUGGCCUGGACAAGAACGAGAUAUUGAAAAAGAUAAAAGAUUUUUUAUUCCAGCAGAAAUUCGAGUUAAAAUUUGGUUUGGAUUAGCAGUAUAUGAACAAGAUUGGUUAUCACAACAAAAAGGUGCUGAUUUAGUUAUUUAUGCUGAAACAUAUGAAAAUCAAACGAAUGUACUUGGACAAUGGACAACAACUGGACCAUUAAUGACUCGACCAGUAUGGUCUGAUGUUACAGGAAAUAUGAAUUUAUUAAAACAAAAUUUUCAAGUUCCAUUUGGUUGGCGAUGGGAAGAUGAUUGGUAUAUUAGUCCAGAAAUUAGUGCACGAUAUGCAGAUGAUGCUGGUUAUAGAAAAUUUACUGAAGAAGUUUAUGAACAUCAAUAUCGUUUAAUUGCUGGAGCACAAUGGCAACCAAAAGCAAUUGGAUGGACAAAUUUAGUCGGUGAUAAAGUGUUAAGUAAAAAUGAACGAAUUGAACCACCAACAGGAUGGCUAUGGGAAGAUGAAUGGACAAUUGAUACGAAUCGAGCUGUAGAUGAAGAAGGUUUUGAAUAUUGUGUGAAUCAAACAUUGAGUAGUUGGUGUCCUGUUGAAAAAUUAUUUCAUUUAAAUCGUCGACGACGUUGGUUUAGAACAAGGAUUUUAGAUGAAGAUCAAAUUUUAAAAGAAAAACAAAGAAGAGAAACUUCAAUUGAUUUAAAUAAUGGUGGAUGGGAAUAUGCUCCAAUGUUUAAUAUGAAAUUUCAUGCUGAUGAACGUAGUAUGGAUAUGACACGUCGAAGACGAUGGCAUAGAAAAAUGGUACCAGAUACUUCAUUAUUAAAUGAAAAUAUUUUAAAUAAUUCCACUGGUGGAAUUGUUGCAAAUACAGAUAUUGUUUUUCGUAUGCAAUCACAAAUAUCAUUUACAAAAACUGAUCAACAACAAAUGGAUUCAUUAUCAAUAAAAACAAAAGAUAUUAAAAUUGAAUUAAGUGCACCAAGAAUGUUUCUUAGUUUUAAAAAACCAUAUCAUUACGAACUGCGAGUAUAUAUAUAUCAAGCACGUAAUCUUCUUUCAAUGGAUUAUGAUAGUUUUUCAGAUCCAUAUGCACAAAUUGGUUUUAUUAAUCAAAGUCAACGUACUGAAAUAAUUCAAAAAACUUUAUGUCCAACAUGGGAUCAAACUUUAAUAUUUUCAAAUGUUGAAUUAUAUGGUGAACCAGAUGAAAUUCAUCAUAAUCCUCCAAAUAUUUCAAUUGAAUUAUUUGAUAAAGAUGAAUAUGGAAGUCCAGAUUUUCUUGGUCGUGUUCAAUGUUCACCUAUUGUUCGUUUAACACCUAAUGAAACUAAACCAAUUAUUAAAUUAAACUGGUUUGAAAUAAAACGAGGAAAAGAUCAUGCAGGAGAAUUAUUAGCAGCAUUUGAACUUUUCUUAUUACCAGAAAAUGACACUGAGAAAUCAAUACUUCCAUAUCCAUCUAAACGUGGUUCGUUAUUUAUGGUACCGGAAUCAAUUCGACCAAAACUUGUUCGAACAGGAAUUGAGAUUCUUUGUUGGGGUGUAAGAAAUAUGAAAACAUUUAUGUUAUCAGAUAUUGAUUGUCCACAAGUAGUAUUUGAAGUUGGUGGGCAACAGAUCGAAUCAACAAUGAUUAAAAAUGCGAAGAAAACACCAAAUUUUGACAAACCAUUAUUAUUUCUUGAUGUGAUGUUACCAAAAGAAGAUUUAUAUACACCACCAAUGAAUAUUAAAGUAAAAGAUCAUCGAUCAUUUGGACGAAAACCAAUUGUUGGUUUUCAUAUUAUUAAAUCAUUAGAAUUAUUUCGAUGUGAUCCAACAGUACCUUCCUUAACACUUAUGCAAGUAGCUAAAAGUAAAUCAUCACCUGUUGUUCUUCCGGUGGAUGAUAAUGUUAUUCCAAAGAAAAAAAAACAUCGAAAAUUUUCUCGUUUAUCAAAAGCAGAAAGUACGUCAACUAAUAGUACAACUGUAUCACAAACAGAUAAAAUAAAAACGGAUAAAAAAACAAUGAGAAAACGAGUAACACAUUUUUUUAAAAAAUCGAAAUCGUUUAGCAUACCAAUGAAAUCAGAAACGAAAUUAGCAAAAAUUCAAAAAUCAAUGUUGAGAUGUCAACAACAAUAUGAAAAUAUUAUUGGAAACGAGAUAAUUAUCGAAGACGAUAUUGAUUGGUGGUCAAAAUAUUAUGCAUCAAAAGGUGAACUGAAUAAAUGUGGUACUUAUAUAGCAAAAGGAUAUGAAACUUUAACAAUUUAUUCUCAUCCAUUGGAAUUAUAUAAAUUUUAUGAAGGUUUUACAGAUUUUUGUCGAACAUUUGAAUUAUUUCGUGGAAAAACAAAAUUUGAAGAAGAAAAUGAAAUUGUUGGAGAAUUUAAAGGUCUUUUUAAAGUUUAUGCGUUACCAGAAAAUCUAAAUGAACCAUUACCACAUCGUAUUAUGGAAAAUUUUCCAUCAAAUACUUUAGAAGAAUGUUUAAUUCGUGUUUAUAUUAUUCGUGGUAUGGAUUUACAACCACAAGAUACAAGUGGAAACUCUGAUCCAUAUAUUGAAAUUCAAUUAGGAAAUAUACGAAUUGAUAAUCGAGAUGAAAGAAUACCAAAUACAACAAAUCCAAUUUUUGGAAAACUUUUUGAAUUAAAAACAAUUAUUCCAUUAGCUAAAGAUUUAAUAAUUCGUAUUAAAGAUUGGGAUUUAAUAACAUCAGAUGAUAUGAUUGGAGAAACAACUAUUGAUUUAGAAAAUAGACUUUUAAGUAAAUAUCGUGCAACAUGUGGACUUCCAUUACAAUAUAAUUUAACUGGUCCAAAUCAAUGGCGAGAUAAUAUUCGACCACGAAAAAUUCUUUAUGAUGUUUGUAAACGAAAUAAUUUACCCUCACCAGAAUUACUCGAUGAACGUUCAAUUAAAACUGGUGAUUCAGUGUUUCAUUUGGAAGAUUUUGAACAAGAACAUUUUUUAACAAAUCAUGUUGGUGAAAAUGAAGAACGUUUAGCAUUGUAUAUUUUACAUAAACUUUGUCUCUGUCCAGAACAUAUUGAAACACGUCCACUUUAUAAUUCUUUACAACCAUUUAUUGAACAAGGUCGUUUAGAAUUAUUUGUAGAUAUUUUUCCAAUGUCACAAGGUUCACCGGGACCACCUUUUCAAAUUACACCGAGAAAACCAAAACCUUAUAUUCUUCGUUGUAUAAUAUGGAAUACAAGUGCUGUAGUUUUACAAGAAACAUCUAUAACAGGAGAACAAAUGUCUGAUAUUUAUGUAAAAGGAUGGAUGACUGGAAAAGAAGAUGAUAUACAAAAAACAGAUGUACAUUAUCGAUCAAUGGAUGGUGAAGGAAAUUUUAAUUGGCGUUUCGUUUAUGGAUUUUCUUAUUAUCCUUCUGAACGAUGUCUAUCAAUAAAAAAGAAGGAAUAUUUUUGGAGUUACGAUAAUACAGAAUUAAAACUUCCACCUAUUUUAAAUGUUCAAAUAUGGGAUAAUGAUAAAUUUAGUUCAGAUGAUUUUCUUGGUGCGCUAACACUUGAUUUAAAUCAUUUAUAUAAACCAGCAAAAGAUUUUGAUGGUUGUAAAUUAGAAAUGUUGAAUGAUCAAAUAUCAAAUACUGUUUCAAUAUUUGAUAUAAAACGUUUAAAAGGUUGGUGGCCUUGUGUUGAUAUUCAUAGUGGAAAUUCUGAACUUACUGGUAAAAUUGAAAUUGAAUUAGAAAUUUUAACUGAAGACGAAGCAAAUGAACGACCAGCUGGACGUGGUCGAGAAAAACCUAAUCAACAUCCAUUAUUAGAAUUACCUCAACGUCCUCAGACAUCAUUUCUUUGGUUUACAUCACCAUAUCGUACAUUUAAAAAUAUCAUAUGGAAAAAAUCGAAAUGGUAUCUUUUAAUUAUUUUAUUAUUAAUAUGUUUCAUUACAUUUAUACUCGUAUUUCUUUGGUCUAUGCCUAGUGCGAUAAUAUCUCGUCUUUUGCCUUCAUCGGGAUGA